AUGCGGCUCUGGAUCAAAGUCAUCAGGCUGUCGGACAGGAACAUAUCUCUGGAAUUUUACCCGCAAGCGGAACAGAAUGGUGCCUUGAUCAAGGAAAGCAUACUCCGAGUCAGGAAGACGGGUGAUACCAAAUGGGACGUCCUGUACAAUUCAGACGGAAUACCUAAGAUUCUUACCACCCAACCUCUUCAGUCGCUUCGGUGGAUUGACGCGUCGUACGCAUUCGGCUCUUUGGAAAGCUUCAGACCCAAUGUCUUCGAUCUGAGUAUCUCCGAUCCCGCUCUUAUCAAGAAGGUUCUGGUCACCGGAACAGACGGGACAACACAGGAGUAUACGGUGCCCAGUUUCCUCAACUUCACCUGGGGCACUGAAUCGACCUUCUUCUCGGCAAGUGGAUCUUCCAAGGUCGAGUUCAUCCACGAUCUCUCUGAGAAGGUAGACAUCGGGUUCAGCUUCUUGGGCGUUAGCGCCGAGUUUGAGCGGACAUUUAAGCAGUACAACCGAGAGGAGACGUUCAACAAGUACGUUGCUCUCUACGACCAGGAAAUCAUCUAUAAGGUCGGCUUCAAGGACACAGAGUGUACCAAGCGACAUCUCUCCGCUGCCAUCAAGAACGCCCUUGCUACCUGGUUGGCCGACAGGCUGGUCGGUCAGUUCGGAAGUCAUUACAUGACCGCGGCAUGGUUCGGUGGGCUCAGCAUCCAUUCUUCGACGACGGACAAGCUCGACACAUUCAGCAAGACGGAGUUGAUCGAGGCACUCAAGACAAUGAUCCCUCUUAAAGACCCCGAGACGAGCGUUGAUGCCGGCGACGUCAGAAACAACCCAGACCGCUCAGACGUCAGUUCACACUCCCUCGCCGAAGCACUUGACGUUGUCCGCACGACAACCUUUGGUGGCACAGCGCCUGAUGGUGAACAGCUCGAAGGAUGGAGACGCACCCUGGCCACCAACCCGUCGGUCGUGCUGUACAAGUCCAAGACCAUGGACACUCUGAUGGACGACCCCGUGCUCAGGGCCGCCCUCCAGCAGGUCAUCAAGGACCGCCUUUCCCGCGGCCAACCCGUCGACCGCUGCAAGCUACUGGCCAUCCGUGUGCCGCUCGCGCCGUACUACUCGGACCGCGACUCCCGCGGCAAGCACGACAUCAGCGUUGCGUACCCCAACGUGCCCAAGGGAUGCGAGCCCAGACAGAUGGUCAUUCGGGCUGCCGAGACGGCGCCCAGCUACUUGUUCAAGUGUCUCGCGCGGGGCAACGACGGGAGCCAGGAACGCUGGUUCACCCUCGACUGGGACAAGGUCAAGUUGCUGGAGAACAAGUGGAUGGCAGAUAUCCCCGGGUUGAAGGCCCGGCUGUGA